AUGGAGCGAACUGAGUUUCUAAUACAGGAAUCACGCCAGCCCAAAGUUGUUAAGAGUAGAUUUGGCGCCUGGUACCUUGACCCUAAAACAUGGAAAAAGCAAAAUGUGGGCGAACCUUUAAUGGAUCCGAAAGAAACAGGCAAUGGGGUUCACAGUUUUAUGACACCACCCAUUAAGAAGCUGGAUCAGUUGCCUAAUCCGACCCACUUCAAUGGUCACAUGAAAGCAAAGGCCUGCACAAAACAGGCAGCGAGAGGCGAGACGACAGCGGCCACAGAGGAUCUUCUGGCGAGCGGUGAGCAAGUGUUGCUGGAGGCCCAGGCUGCUGCCCUGUCCAGCCCUCAGAAGCCAGGGGAGGAUCUGGCGGCUAUACCAAGGAAAGAGCUUAACCAUGUUCAAAGUGGAGGAGUUGCCAGUGGAACUCCGGAGAUGGAGCGGCUGCUCCCAAAGCAGGGUGCUACUGACUCCAGGGAUCAUCCAGCUGAUAUGCAUGGCAGCCAGGCAGGUGAAUUGAGACCCCAGACAGGACAGGCAAGUGAUGGACAGUGUGUGAGGAACUUGGCAGGAGCCUCCGAUGAUGUUUGUAAGGACAGAAGUGAGGAGCAGCCGGAUCAGCCAGCUGAGAGUAGGGACUUGGACCAUGAAGAGUGGGAGGUUGUUUCUGAGCACCUGGCCUGGGGGGAGGCUGGCAAGAAUGGCAGCGUGGAAGACUCGGACAGCAAGGAAUGGGAACAAGGAGACUGCCCUGAUGGGGACUUGAAAGCAAAGAGAGUUGCAGCUGUGCCCCCCAUGUUUCAAAAUAGCCACGUGACUUUCCGCGUACACUACAUCACGCACUCUGACGCUCAGCUGAUUGGUGUUACUGGUGACCACGAGUGUCUUGGCCAGUGGCACAGCUAUGUUCCCCUCAAGUACGACAAGGAUGGCUUCUGGUCGGAAUCCAUUAGUCUGCCAGUAGACACCAAAGUAGAGUGGAAAUUUAUCUUGGUAGAGAAUGGGAAGGUCAGACGUUGGGAAGAAUGCGGUAAUAGGACCCUAGUGACUGAACCUGAAGAUCAAAUUGUUCAUCAGUGGUGGGGAUACCAUUAAUGGGAUUUUGGAAGCUGCUUAUCGAAUGGCAAACCUGCUUAGAUGAAUCACAGAGCCCCUAAACUUUACCCCUCCUUCAGUAGGAGACCUUCUCAAGUGCAGAGCUCUGAAAAUCCCAUAUCAAACCUGGUUAAACUGCGUGAGCAGCAGAUCUCUGCCAUACCCUUUAGGAAAUCAUUUGGCAACCUGAAAAAUCAACUUCAAACGCGUUGUGAAGAUGUGCAAGGUAGGCUAUGAAGGCAUGAGCAGCAUUGCAAGCAGCUGCCUGUCCAGGUAAAUCUGGACCCUGGACUUGAGUUUGCGUUGCUUUGAGUGGGGCUAUGGGGUGCAUCUUUGUACUGACUGCUUAGGGCUUUUGAAGCAUACUAGAAAGUGUGGUUACCUUCACUGUAGUAGCAACUUCAGUGUUUUAACUUAUGUUAUGUAUUGAGUAAGCAAUAAACACUUUCAGACUGACAGUCCUUUACAACUUG